GCGGCCUUCCUCGUUGAGGCCGUCACCUUCGCGGAGCUCUGCGCCGAGAUUGCGAGUUGUCUGCACCCCAUCGUCACACCGCUGAGGCCCGAGCUGCUGUGUCUGCGCCUGCACCUUCAUCAGCAGCAGGGGCAGGAGGAAGAAGCCGACGCACGUGGGGUGCCGAUUAUAUCAGAGGACACAUUCGCGGAGGCUGUGCGGCUCGUGGAGCGCCACGGCGCCGACUGCAUGCCCGUCGUGAGUGUCGACACGUACAUGUCGUUGCGGCUGUCGCACCCGGCGUCGCCGUCCCCCGCACAGCCACUCGCCGGUUAG